GGAGGAGGAGGAGGAGGACAAAGCCGGAGUCAUGAGGACGACGAAAAUGGCGGAAUUUGUUAGCUUCCUCUACCGCGUUGCAGAGAGGUGGAAGAUUGGGAUUGGAUUAGGUAAUGAAAUCGUUGUGGCGCACGGAAUUUGAUGCCAAAAUGAAGCAG